AAUCCCUCCCCCAUCGCGCACUGCCAGAUCUCGGUGGGCAUCGCGCGCACCCUUGCGCCCGCCCUCUCUCCCCAGCAACUGCAAGCCCAACACCUGCCGUCGGCUCUGGUUCCCCCGGCGGAAAGCCCGUCCCACCGCCGCCCCACCGACAUAUUCACCUCCUCCAGCCCCCGUCACCACGAGCAUGUCGGGCUCAGUCGCCGUUGCACGCCCGUCGCAACCUCCACGCUUGCGCCGGGAGUCUCAGAGGCCUGGAGUCACGCGUACCGCCACCCGCCAGUCCACCAUGGAGGAUGACGGCGCGAAGCAGGAAGAGGCCAGGAAAUAUGUCUACACGCAGCAGGACAUCCUGGCCAAGCACAAGGGCAAGCCCCCGUCCCUCCGUGUAUACCUCCACCCGAAGCACUUCCGCCUCAACGACUCCCAGGAGACGCUGUCGUACGCUUCGCCGAUGCGUGAGCUGCUCCAGGCCAUCAAGGACAAGCAGGUGCCCCACAACAUGGUGGAGGAGCUGUAUGAGUUCAACACACCCUGGUACGACAACUGUCUCAUUGUCGAGGUGCACGACUAUCGCUCGACGGGCGUGAAGCCCAAGGACGAUACCAACAGCACUGGCGAAGGGGGCACCAAUGCCUUCUCGAUCCACAACUACAACAACUUCAUCACGCCAUCUCCUUAUGCGCCUUUUCCAGCCAACAAGCCCGACGCGAAGCCCACGCAAGCCCCGGCCCCGGCCAAGGAGGCAGAAGUCAAAGAGGACAAGGAGAACAUGCCCGCCCCUGGCCAGAGCGGCACGCCUAACAAGCAAUCAGGCCUGGGCAAGAUCCGGACAGUCGUCUUGUUUCCGACGCCGCAGUCGCAAUUGGCCGACAUGCAGCUGUUGGCCACGACGCCCGUCCCAGACAUGGCCGCCCUGAAGAGGCUGCAGGCCCAAGGCCGAGCUGCAGGCAUGCCACCCACCCCGAUGACUGCAGUACCCUCGACACCCGCCUUCUCGAAUGGCCCCAGCCCGAAACGUCAAAAAAUGGUCCUCGACGACAGCAAUCUGCACGAGUUCGAGGCUGAAGUCUUGAAUGCUACCUGUCCCCCGCUAUAUCUAGAGCCCACAAAGAGCUUUGGACAGUCGCUCGCGCUCAUGGAUGCUAUAACGCACCCGAACAACAAGAACCCUGCGCCUCCACGCAAAACCCGCAAGAGGACGACUGCCGAAUUGGCCGCCGACGAAGCUGAAGCCCAGGGUCUACAGCGCUUUAUGCUGGCUGGUGAUGAGUACCAAGGCAUCAUGACUGCCGCAGCCACAGGGAAUGAUGAUAAUGCAGUGCGUGCAGCUGCCAACUCGCAGACGUUUGCUCGUUUCAAGACCAUUGCCAACAUCAGGGCGAAUCAUGAAGAAAACGAUCGACGGAAGAAGGAGGAGGACGCUCGUAACGCUCAGACCAAACGACAGGCGCAAAUCGAGGCUGAAAUUCAGAGGAAGAGAGAACUCGAGGCUAGACAGCAGGCUGAAGUUGCUGAGCGUCAACAAGCAGCCCUGCGGCAACAAGCGCAACAUCAGGCUCAGCUCCAGCAAAACCAAUUGCAACAGAACCAACUACAGCAGAACGAAGCCUUGCGGGCUGCUGCGGCAGCACAGCACCAAAUGUCGACUGCGGCAGCAUCGCAAGUCACCCAGACUCCGCAAUCGGCAACGCAGUCUCAAUUCUCGCCGACGGUACGCCAGCAAACGCCAAUGGCCGCCUCGGCAGCCUCACCGCGGGUCGGUGGUCAAGCAUCACAUCCUAUAGGUGGAACCCCUAUGGUACCGUCGGCCUCCAACCAGGCUGUUAACAGCCCAGCUCGACCCCCAUCUUCUGUCUCUCAUCACCAAAACCAAAUGGCCCGCUCAGUCAGCCAGCAACAGAAUCCAAGCCGCACGAGUACACCGCACAUUGUUCAGGGCACGCCGGUUAUGAACCCAUCCAUGCCGAACCGCAACAUGACACCGACGCCAAGCCGCAUGAAUCAAAAUAGCCCGUCUAUGGCGAUUCAAGGCCAGACUCCAAUGAUGAUGCAGACUCCCCAACCUGGCCAAAACAUGACACUCGAAGCAAUACAGCAGCUUCGCAUGCAACAGAUGCGGAUGCAACACCUGCAGCAGCAGCAAGGUGGAUCUCCGGGUAAUCAGCAACAACAGAUGCAGCAAUUGGCAUUCCAAAAGGCUGGGCAACACAUUCAGCAGACUGGUGUCCCUCCCAACCAAAAUCCUCAGGCCUAUCGCCAGCAACUGGCACAGCAUUAUUUCCGCCAGUUGCAGCAGCAGCAGCAACAACAACAACAACAGCAACAGCAACAGCAGCAGAACCAACAACAGCAACAGCAAAUGGGCAUGCAAAACAUGACGUCUCAAGGAGCACUGCCGCAGAACGGUAUGCCUCAACAAGGCAUGGCUUUUGCUAACAUGAGUCUGCAACAAAUGCGCUUGCGGUACCAGCAACAGAAAGCGACCGUCAUGCAGAACUACAGCAACACCCAAAGCAUCCCACCCCAAAUCAUGCAGCAAAUGCAGCAGAUGGAGUUGCAGAUCAAGCAACGAGAACAGCGCGAGCAACAAUCGCAGAUGGCCCACAUGCAAAACGGCAUGGGCAAUCAAAUGAACGGCGGCCAGAUGAGUGGCAUGCAGAACGCGACGCCCAACAACCCGAUGCAAAUGCAACAGUAUCAACAAAUGCUGCAACAGCAACGGCAAGCAGCCGCCAACCAGAACCGAAUUAUGCAGAUGCGACAGCAGGCCAUGGCAAACGGUGGUCAGCUUCCACAGGGCAUGAUGGGCAACGUGAGCGCUAUGAACGGCAUGCAAAACACGAUGCAGGGCAUGAAUAUGGGCAACAUGGGAAAUGUCCAAGGCAUGGGCAUGGGGCAGAUGGGGCAGAUGAAUGGUGGCAUGGGCGGCAUGCAAAACGGGCAGAUGAACGGUGUCAUGUCGGGCAUGCAGGGUAUGCAAGGCAUGCAAGGGAUGAGCCAAAUGAAUCAGAUGAACCAGCAGCAAAUGCAGCAGAUGAUGAUGAUGCGUCAAGCGCAGCAACAGGCGGCUCAGCGGAUGGGGCAGCCUGGCGGUCAGCAAGGCGGGGACAUGGGGUGGAAUGGCUGAUUGCUCUCAUUCUACUUGGGGGUAACGUGGCCACGUCGCUCGGUCUCGUUUUGCCAUAUUGCUAGCAUCCUGGAGAGGCUUCUCCUUAUUCUUCUUCUUCUUCUCCUUCUUCUUCUUAUUCUUCUUCUUCCUCUAUCUCCUUUGGCGUUGUCAGGGAGCGCAGCCCAGGCAUAGAUGUCGACGGGAGAACAAAGGGUGUUUGGGAGCACAUGUUGGGCGAAGAGAGAGAGAGAGAAAAAAAAAGUUGUUUCAAGAUACCCCUGGUCUUGGGAUGGGUUUCCAACCAUGGAAAUUAUUUUGAUUUACUUGAUUGCAUUGGGCCUGAUGCCUUGUAGAGCUGCAUAUCUUGUCAAAGGACUAUUAUUAUUAUUUUUUGCAUCCUCCAAGUAGUCAUAACCAUCCUCCACC